GAGAAUGAUUUGUAUAUGCUAAUUGACGCUGAAUUGAAUACAACUAUUUCACUAGAAUGUCAUUAUUGCAAUGAAAAAGACGACCAAGAGCCAAAAAUUUGGUAUCGCCAGGAUCGCUACCAGUCGGAAAAACCAAUUGAAAUUUCUCUGGAUAUGGAUAAUAAUAUAACUUACAAUAGAAUUCAUGUAACGCCGGAAUUUUCAUUGCUCAUCAGAGACUAUGACUUGAAGGAUGAGGGUCUUUACCGGUGUCACGGUGCUAAUGGCCAAGAAGAAGAAUGGAAAUUCAACUAUAGACUAGAGUCAAUAUUUAAAGACAUAGAAGGAAUCUACAGAGAAAAAGGAAACUUGACUGACUGGGAGAAAUAUCAUGAAACUAAUUUGGCACCAGUUUCUUUACGUUUUAAAGUUUCCAGUAUGCCAUCGUUGGUAAAAAUUCGAGAAAUGGGUGUCGAGUUAGAAAUUGUUUCGGAAUGGGGGCCGUGGAGUCCUUGCGAGCGAUGCAUUCGCAAAAAAGGAUGGAAAACGAGAGUUGCCAUGUGCAGAGUAAAACGCACGAUGAACCGGAAACCAAUAGAAGGUCAGGGCGAGAAUAUAUCUGUAGUAUUUAUGAAGUCACCCAUGUGGCCAUGCCGAUCUAUUGCUCUCUACGAUGCAUAUCCAGAGAUUGGCAAAGCUACGAAAAAUUUACCAGAGUUCAUGCUGGAAGAGAAAUGUAAAAGGUGUCCUCCCUUGAAAAAAUAUAAAAAGGACAAAUUUAGGUACAAAAAGAGAUACGUAUUGGCGGAAGACGCGCAUCUGACGAUAGCUUGCCCUGAAGCAAGUAUGGACACAGAAGUUGUUUGGAAAAAAGAUAAAGUUACUCUCAAAAAAGGGACAGGCCAUUCUUUCCGCAGAAAGGAUCCCGAACCAAGAGUUCUUGUUGAUACAUUCGCCACGUUAUAUCUUUUGGGUGUCACAGAGGCAGAAGCAGGAAAUUAUACUUGUUACGUAGAUAAAGUUAACAUGCUCAAAGUGAAAGUGAUCGUGGUUUCGAGGUCUCGGCUUUUAACACGAGCAUUUCUACGACAUGUCGGAUACCUGGGAUUCAUUUUGUUAAUGAGCUCAUUCUGCUACUGCGCUGGAUUAGUUAUAGUUUGCAGGCAACGUAAUAAAUUCACCAUUACUGACUACAAAGAAAUCGAAGCCCGCGAAAACGAUAAAGCCGACUUCUUUGAAUCCGAUGCGUGAAACAUGUGAAGAUUACAUUCCCAACCAAUUGGAUGAAAGUGUAGAAAUGAAAGAACGCUUUCAAAUGCUUUUUGGCUAAUAUGUAAUUACUUGAGUAUUUCAAAUUCUUAAUUAAGUUAAAAAUUAUACUUGACUGCAUCUGUAUAAGUAUAAUAUAACAAGCUUUCUCAAUGAUAAAAUCCUCUAUUAAAAAACUGAUGU